GGGGGGAGGAUUAACAAGAUGGAUGAUAUCGAGGUUUCAAAGAGCCCAAGUCCUGUCCGUCCCCCCAGCACCGAUCUGCCACCUUUCUGCAGAACUUCCAGGCCCUGGUCUUGAGUCAGAGACACCUGGUGAGAGACGACAGGAGGGACAGACACUCCGGGACUCAAUGCUUAAGUAUCCAGAUAGUCACCAGCCCAGGAUCUUUGGGGGGGGCUUGGAGAGUGAUGCAAGAAGUGAAUCCCCCAAACCAGCACCGGACUGGGGCUCCCAGAGACCUUUUGGUCUGUUUGAUGACAUGUGGCCUGUGCCCCCCCAUUCUAGAGCCAGAGAAGACAAUGAUCUUGAUUCCCAGGUUUCCCAGGAGGGCCUCGGCCCAGUUCUGCAGCCCCGGCCCAAAUCCUAUUUCAAGAGCAUCUCUGUGACGAAGAUCACUAAGCCAGAUGGGACCGUGGAGGAGCGCCGGACUGUGAUGGACAGUGAGGGCCGGACAGAGACCACGGUGACCCAUCAAGAAGCGGACGGGGGUCCUAGAGAAGAUCCAGCCCCACCAGCGCCUCCAACCUUGAGUGAUGCUUCUGCCAUCCUGGAUUUAUUCCUAGGACGCUGGUUCCGGUCCCGGUAGCCUUGCCCCCCCCAGAGGCCUUCGGACCCCUGCCACCUUCCGCUCCCCCCGCGUCUCCGCCUGCGCCCCAGGGCCUGGGGUGUGCAGAGCAGUGGAUCGGGGCUACGUCAGUAUGUGACUCACCCGGACUGACCAGUAAAACCUUUAUUUGUGCUACUUCUUCAGCCGUGGUUUUGUCCAGGCCAUCGGCUAGCGCCACCCAGGGCUGCCCAGAUUAUCUUGGCCCACAGCUGCCCUCUCCUGAAGGUUUUGUUCUACUUCCAAAACCCGAUUUGACACACAGGGUCAGGUACUUGGUAGAAGGAUUAUCCCUGUGGAGGAGAUGGCUGUAGAGACAACCCCAGGAAGCCUUCUACGGCAUCGAUUCACUGAAGAGGAGGCCCGUGUGGGAGCGUCGGGGAGCGCUGUGCCCCUGGGGCGAGCCGUUCCUGGGAGCUUGAGGGGUGCACGGAAACGGUUCUCCUUUAUUGGCCACAUUCUUUCUUUUCUUUUCUUUUUUUAAUGUAUGUUGGAGAAAAUAUAACUAAUACAAAUGUUACUAGAUUUUUUUCUCAUUAGAGACUCUCUUAUUGGCUUAGA